GUUGGCGCCUUCCUUGGUGCAGCUUCUUUGGCUGCCAGUGCUGCCGUGCCCGUCGCUCAACCUUUCGAACACUUCAAGAUCAAAAGACAAUCUACCAAUACCACCAGCAACAGUGACCUACAAGUUGAUCUCGGCUACGAAGUCUACGAGGGGUACACCAACCAGACUACAAACAUCAACAUCUGGCGCGGCAUUCGUUUCGCUGCCCCUCCGACUGGGUCUCUGCGCUGGCAAGCACCUCAAGUUCCUGCAGAGAACCGUUCACAAACCAUCCAGGCCACUCAAUACGCACCCCAAUGCNCUCAGAGCUCGCUCUCGGGUGGUCAGGGCACACUCUCGACCGAGGACUGUCUUUUCCUCAAUGUUUACGCCCCAGAGAAUGCAACAAAUCUUCCAGUACUUGUCUGGAUUCAUGGUGGAGGCUAUGGACUUGGCAAUGGUCGUCAAGACAUGCAAGCCAUCAUCAACACUAAUAACAACUCGUUUGUCGCUGUGACUAUCCAGUAUCGCCUUGGUGCUUUCGGUUUCUUGUCCUCGGAUGAGGUCGAUCGCUUUGGUUCCGUCAAUGCUGGUAUCCUUGAUCAGACUUUUGCACUCAAGUGGGUUCAAGAAUACAUCUCUUCUUUCGGUGGUGAUCCACGCUCGGUAAGUAUUUCUGGAGAGUCUGCUGGAGGAGGUUCAGUCAUGCUGCAAGCCAUGGCUUAUGGUGGUACUUUGGGCACUUCGUUAUUCAAGAAUGCCAUCGCGGCUUCUCCUUACUUGCCUAUGCAGUAUGGGUACAAGGAUUGGGUGCCUUCGCAGUCUUACUACGCUUUUGCGGGUUUGGCCAACUGCAUGCCUAACACUGCUUAUGGGUCUUCUGCUCGCACCAUCUUUGAGUGUUUGGUCAACCAAGAUACCACAACUCUGCAGUACGCCAGUUUCAAUGUUUCUGCUUCCGGCACUUUCGGUACUUGGGGCUUCUUGCCUGUCACAGAUGAUGUGUUCAUCCAGCAAUUGCCUAGCCAGCAACUCUUGGAGAAGAAGGUGAACGGACAGAACCUUCUCGUCGGCAACAACGCCAAUGAAGGCCCUCUAUUCGUUCCUCAGACCAUCAAUACUGAAGCCGAUCUCGUCGCUUGGUUGGAACUCACCUUCNCCCUCUUCAGCAACGACGACAUCUCAAGAAUCCUCCGCUACNUCUCCAACGCUACAGACUCGCCUUCAGCACUCGACUUUGCAACCCUGGGCAACUCUGGCCCAACAGCCAUCAACGAAUCCUCCGUAGCCACAGGCCAACAACAACGUGCCAACAACAUCUACGCCGAAACCACCUUCGUAUGUCCCUCCUACUGGAUGGCCGAAGCCUACACCGGCGACAAAUCCUCCUUCAAAUACCAAUACUCGGUCCCCGCCGCCCAACACGGCGCCGAUGUCUCCGGCUACUUUGGCCCCGCAGCACCCACCCAAGGCCCUGCUUUCGAAGCCGCCUUCAUGUCCAUCUGGGGCCAAUUCGUCGUAAACUCCAAUCCUUCCAUUCCCUCGAACAUUGCAGGUGCGGGCGGCCAAGCUGCUGUCAAUUUCCCGCGUUUCAAUGUUUGGAACCCCGUGCAGGUUAAUCUUAAUCAGACUGGGGGUCAAGAGCUUUAUGGCAAGAUUGGGGUACAGAAUAUUAAUGCUACUGUUUAUGUGGGGCCGGGGUUGGAGAAUGACUUUGAGGUUGUGGAUGCGUAUGCUUGGGAGGGAGGUAGAGGACAGAGGUGUGAUUUCUGGAGGGCGGUUGCUAAGAUUGUGCCAGAG